UUCACGAAAAGCUACAGAAAAACAAGAGUCUCAAGGUCGAGCGCAGCGACACUGAACGCCCCUUUACCUGCCUUCUAGGGCGGCAGAAGCGAAGUGACUGAGACCCCACAAGGAUGGUGCAGUCCUGUUCUGCCUACGGCUGCAAGAACCGAUAUGAUAAGGAUAAACCUGUUUCGUUCCACAAAUUUCCUCUUACUCGACCCAGUCUUUGUAAACAAUGGGAAGCAGCUGUCAGAAGGAAAAACUUCAAGCCCACCAAGUACAGCAGCAUUUGCUCGGAGCACUUCACUCCAGACUGCUUUAAGAGGGAGUGCAACAACAAGUUACUGAAGGAGAACGCCGUCCCCACCAUAUUUCUUUGUACUGAGCCUCAUGACAAGAAAGAGGAGCCUCUGGAGCCACUAGGACAGCUUCCCCCGCCUCCCCUGACACCUCCCAUUGCCCAGGUGGAUGCCGCCAUUGGAUUGCUAAUGCCGCCUCUUCAGACCCCUGACAAUCUCUCCGUUUUCUGUGACCACAACUACACUGUGGAGGAUACAAUGCACCAGAGGAAGAGGAUUCAUCAGCUGGAGCAGCAAGUUGAAAAACUCAGGAAGAAGCUUAAGACUGCCCAGCAGCGAUGCAGAAGACAAGAGCGGCAGCUUGAAAAAUUAAAAGAGGUUGUGCACUUCCAGAAAGAGAAAGAUGACGUGUCAGAGAGAGGCUAUGUGAUUCUACCCAAUGACAUCUUUGAAAUUGUUGAAGUACCAGCAUAAAAAAGUUAAAAGGGUAAAAGCAGGCGAGACCGCAUAUCCUCUUUUGGCCUAUACUGGAGUUUUCAUUUGAAAAAUAACACUUGAUUACUUGCAUAAAAACAACUCAGAAUAUUUUUUUAAAAAAAUAAACUAGCUAUAUACUGUAAAAUUGUAAUUUUUUUGUUUGUAAUUUCAGAGUUUUUACAUUUUAACAAAAUAUUUUAAAAGGUGUUGAAAUAAGCCUCAGACUGCCAAUGUAAGUUGGUUCAAGAUUGGAGAUUUUUUUUUUGAGUAUUUAUAGAAAUAAUUAAAAAUAAAAAAAUGCGAACAGUGCAGAAAAGAUAAUUUGUUAUAAAAUUAAUGCUCUUUAUUGAGAGAACUUAGUUACAUUUUAAAUCAGAAGUGUGGAUCUGAAAGGAAUAACCUCUCAAUAUGUAUAUGUACACACAUUAAUAUUUGUAGUUAGUUCAUUUAUCAUUCUGAGAAUCACUUGUCAAGGAUAAAUUGAUAAGUCAGUAUUUGAUUAAAAUAAUUGGCCUUCUUCAGAAAAGAAACUCAUUCCUUUCAUAUCUAAUCAAUACAUAACUGUAUAAAAGUGGAUUUUUAAAACAUGAGCCUCUACAUUUUCCCCAGCAUUAAAAAUCAAACAUGUAUCCUCAGUGAAAGAAACAUGUUCCACUAGACAAAGCAAGUGUUAAUCAUCAUUGAAGUGAAAAUUGGUUCCUGAUCCAUGACACGAUUUUCUUUCUCAUUACCCCUGUUCAGGGAGCCUCAGUUUUGCAAUUAUAGCUGUAUCUGCGUUCAGAUCUCUAAUAAAUGUACUGUGAGUGGAGUUUGCUUUGCAUCAUAAUAUGGUAAUUUUGCACUUGACUGGUUGAUUAUGGUUAAAACUUCACAUUAAAAAAGUUAUUUUUUGACUUUUAACACAAGUUGGAGAUUAUAUCUCAUUUACUUAAAUGACUUAAAGGCAGCCUAAUAUGUAGUGUUGAUUUUAUUGACUGUUGAGACUUAAACACCGCAGUUUCUAUUCAGAAUGUGUGUAACAAUCUGACUUUGUGAGAAAUUUUACAUGUAUUUGGCAUGAAAAUAUGUUCUUAGUAAAAUACUGCAUAGGAAUUAUCUGUUUAGAUUUAGAGUCACUGGUCCAACUAUAAUUAUUUUGUUUUAAACUGCACUGAGCUGGUUGAAGAGUGCCUGACCUUGUAAGACAGUAUUAAAGAUGUAAAGCGAGGAUAUUCACAAGUAUCUUUUGUAGACUCGCUUUUAUUGCAGUUCACUGCCGUGAUGCCAGUAGGUGGUGCUUUGAUUCAUAGAGAUUUAAAUGCUUUAUGAACCAGUAUCUCAAAAGUGGAAAAUAAUGACUAGACUAUUUACAUAGUCUGAUAAAAUUGUUUAGAACAAACUAAUGAGUGAAAGCACUUUUACAGGUUAUUCUUAAAACUCAACUGUUUUUAGAAACUUCAAAAUGUUAAAGUUGUUUCUAUAUUUUAUCUCUCCAGCGAUUCCCAGAAAAUAUGUGGAUAAAUAUUUUGGCAAGUGUGUAUCUUUAGCCUAAGUUUCUUCUAUAUAAAACAGUCUCUCUGUCUGUGUAUGUCUGGAACCAAGAAUCCAGGCUGAAUUAUAAAUGCAAUCAUACUUACGUAGUAUCUUAACAUUGUUAUUUAACCUGAAGCUACUUUAUUUUCGUGAUAGACAUAAAUCCCAUUUGGAGAGAAUUGAGCAAGCAGUGUGUAUACCAACCACUUCCAUUUAAUUAAGUUAAAUAAGUUUACUACAGAUUAAUAGGAAUUUGAGGUGCAAGUGCUUAUUUCUGAAUUUGAGUUGUAACAUUGGGUGGAUGUUUUGAAAUUUAUUUUAUAUAUUGUUGGUAGCAUUGCCUAGAAAAAAUUAAACAUCACAUAUAUCCAACACCUGUGGUAUUUAUGAAGUCCACAGUAAGCAAUAGAUUUAAAAGUUGAUUUUUGAUGUAUAAAAAUAAAACUCCAUUGUGUUCCACAACUUUAAAAAAAAAAAAAAGCAGUUCACUCUAUAUAGCUUAACUUCAAAGGGAGAGAGAUUUGGCCGAUUCAUAAUUUUCCUAAAAUUGAGGAACAUGUAAAUUGCCACAAUCCCAAAUAUUCAAAUUCUGAAAGUUAAAAUCUUGAACAUACAAUUAUGGAAAAAAUAAUUUUAAAAAAUUUUAGAGCAAAUUAAGAACUUAAAAUCAAAACUUUUAAAUGACUUAUACAUACCCUGUAUUUUAAAUAUUCCUGGAUUCUUAAAUCUUUUUAGACUUUUUCCAACAUGGAAGGUAGUUUUAAGGUGUCUCACUUUUUAGUGUAUUUUUAUUAGAACAUGUUUGCAGUGCAUAACGGCUACACGUAUCAUGGGGAAUUUGUACGUGUAUGUAACAUCUUCAUUCUUUUUGUCCCUUUCCCUUCCCAUCCUUCCCUGUUCCAACUCUUGACCACUUUCAUAUUUUAAAAAGCUCUAUUUGUUUGUUUUUUUCUUUUUUAAACAUCCUGUUUCUCUUCCCUCCCCCACUCCAUCUCUUGUUCUCCUUCCCAUUUGAAAAAGAUCUCCCUAAUUCCUAUUACCAAUCCUUUAUUUUGCUCUUUAUUUAUAUUUUGGGUUUCUCAAGUAAGAGAAAUCAUGAUAUUUAAACUGAUUUAUUUCCUUUAAUAUGAUCUCAAGGUGCAUCUGUUUGCCUACAAAUGCCUCAAGCUUACCCUUUACAGCAGAGUAGUGUACCACUUUGUAUAAAUACUCUGUGUCUUUUCUGUUCAUCUGCUGGCUGUCUCUCUUGCAGUUUGUUUUAAGAAGCAGGAAUGUGAUUAAAACCACAUAAGUCCUAGAAUAAUAAUUUUUAACAGGUAGGGCAUAUAAUUGUUAUAAUGUAAAAUUUUUCAUAGGCUCAAAAGACAGUUGUCACCUGUUUAAAUAAGAGAAGAAGUGUUGAGCAUUAAGGACUUGGACAGGGUGAUUCAUAACUAAUGCUGCUUUAUUUGCUGUUCAUACACAUUAAAAAAAUCUUUGCAAAGCA